AGGGGAAGUUCACACCAUCUGAUGUCACGAAGCGGUGAUACCUAUCCAAUAACAUCAUCGCUUUUCUCUUCGACGAAAUUCGCUAUGAAAUGGGUGGUGAGCAAGUGGUUGUUGGUCGAGAACCCUGUAUAACCACCACAAUGAAAACGAUGAUAUCAUUCGGACAAACACAUGCAUAUUCGCUACUACCGAUAGGAUGGGGUCUUGAUAUUGAGAAAGACCUAUCCGCCGCAAAUGCAUAUAAAAUGAACAAUCCUGAUUGCAAGGUUUUUUCCCAAGAUUGUAAUGAUUUGUUGAAAAUGGUACUCAACGAGCAAGGUAAAGAAAUAGGACUGCCUUGUAAAGGAGACGUAGAAAUGAUGGUAGGAGGACCGCCAUGUCAAGGAUUUUCAGGCAUGAAUAGGUUCAACGUCGGCCAGUAUUCCGUAUUUAAAAACUCCCUCAUUGUGUCUUACCUCAGUUACUGCGAUUAUUACAGGCCUAAAUAUUUUAUAUUAGAAAAUGUAAGGAAUUUCGUAUCUUUCAAAAAAAGUAUGGUGCUCAAAUUGACCUUGAGAUGUCUUCUUGCGAUGGGCUAUCAAGUAACUUUUGGUGUUUUACAAGCCGGGCACUAUGGAGUACCCCAAACGAGAAGAAGGCUCAUUUUAAUGGCUGCCGCACCAGGUUUCAUUCUACCUAAAUACCCAGAACCCAUUCAUGUGUUCAACAGAAGAGGUUGUAAGUUGUCAUUUGUGGUGGACGGAGGCCGUUAUUCCAAUGGAUGUGACUGGACAGAAUCAGCUCCUUAUAGGACGAUCUGUGUUAGAGAUGCAAUGUCAGACCUACCUGAAAUCAGCAAUGGAUGGAGCAAAAGUGAAAUGCCCUAUGACAGUAAAGCAGUUUCGCACUUCCAAAAGAUGAUGAGAGAAAGUGACGAAAGGAUUAUGGUAGAAGAUCACAUUUGCAAAGAGAUGUCACCCAUCGUUGAGUCAAGAAUAUCUCACAUACCAGCUUACUCUGGCGCUGAUUGGAGAGACUUGAAGAAUAUAUCUGUGAAGCUAAGGGACGGAUUUUCAACAAAUAUUUUGAGAUAUCCUUAUCGGGUCAAGAAACAGAAGAAAACUGAUCCUCCAAGAGGCGUAUGUCAAUGUGCUACUGGAGCCAAGUGUGAUCCAUCAGACAGGCAAUUCAAUACAUUGAUACCGUGGUGCUUACCACAUACUGCUGACCGUCACAACCACUGGGCAGGGUUAUACGGUAGAUUGGAAUGGGAUGGGUUUUUUGGUACCACAAUUACCAAUCCAGAGCCAAUGGGAAAACAAGGAAGGGUGCUUCACCCAGAACAGAGUAGGGUUGUUAGCGUACGAGAAUGCGCUCGUUCUCAGGGUUUCCCAGUAACAAAAUCAAAUUAA